AUGGGGCUAAUGCUGCGUGAGGAGUACCGGGCGCUUGUCCUUUCUCCCCAGCGGAACCUCCCCCUGCGAGGAGCCCCGGUAUUCUUGCGUCCAGACUCAGGGAGAAGGAAAGAGAUUCCACAGGUGGAAAUCGGAGGCCUGUUGCCGCCGGCGCUGCCGCUGCUCAAGGCGUCCUUCCCGCCUUUCGGCUCGCAGUACUGCCACGCGCCCCUAGGCCGCCAGCACUCGGCCGUGUCUCCCGGCGUGGCUCACGGCCCCGCCGCCGCCGCCGCCGCGCUCUACCAGACCUCCUACCCGCUGCCCGACCCCAGGCAGUUCCACUGCAUCUCCGUGGAGAGCAGCUCGAACCAGCUGCCCAGCAGCAAGAGGAUGCGCACCGCCUUUACCAGCACGCAGCUGCUGGAGCUCGAGCGCGAGUUCGCCUCUAACAUGUACCUGUCCCGCCUGCGCCGCAUCGAGAUCGCGACCUACCUGAAUCUGUCUGAGAAGCAGGUGAAGAUCUGGUUUCAGAAUCGCCGGGUGAAACACAAGAAGGAGGGCAAAGGCAGCAGCCACCGCGGCGGGGGCGCGAGCGUGGGUGCCGGCGGGGGCGCGCCGCAAGGCUGCAAGUGCGCGUCGCUGUCCUCAGCCAAGUGCUCCGAGGAUGACGACGAAUUGCCCAUGUCUCCGUCUUCCUCGGGGAAAGACGACCGGGAUCUCACGGUCACUCCCUAG